CUUUCCAUCUCCAGUCUCCUUUGCAAGUCUCUUUCUUGUUCAUCGGAAUGGAAGCUCCACGAUGAUGCACGUGUGUCGGCUACCUCUCACCGAAACCCACAACAUAGCUCAUGUUCCGUGGGUUUCGACCAAGAAUGUAAUUCACCUGUUGCAGAGACAAAACAAAAAUCAUGUAAGAGUUAAGACCCACCAUUUUACUCAUGUUUUUGUUUUAAGCAUGAGAUGAUUUACUUGUGAUCUGGAGAAAUCACGUAAGUAUUAGAGACGCUAAGAAAGCAGCAUUAUCCUGUAGUGGUUGUAUAGAUAGAGAUAGAUGAUAUCAACAAUAAAUCAAAAUCCAAGGCUCCACCAUCAAACACAAAGUAAGAAUGUAAUAAAACUUUAGUGUUCCUUUACCUUUGCUUCUCCUAAAAUUUCUGAAAUAGGGCAGAUAAGAGCACACAACCACUCCUAUUUGGUUAUGGAAUUCGCUUAGCAUCUCUUCAUACAGAUACCCUGGGCCUGGGAAGAUCCUCAACCUCGUCAACAACAACUACAACACACACAUAAUCAAAUCCAGUAUCAGUUUUAACAAAAAAAAACAACAAAUAUAUCAGUUUCAACAAAAACAGAGGUUACAGAAUCAGUUUCAACACCAGCUCUAUCAGCCAAAUCGUAACUGGUUACACGCUCAAGGUAGUAUGCGUCACCACAACAUAGCUCAUGUUUUGUGGGUUUCGACCAAUGAUGUAAUCCAUCUGCAGGGGACACAACACAACAAGAUCAGAUCAAAUAAGAGUUAAGACCCACCAUUUUACUCUUGUUAUGUCUGAAAUUAUAGGUAAUGAAGAUAGAAAAGGUUUUUUGACUAUGAAGCUCAAGAAAAUGGUCUUCAUAGAUUAUGUUUUAAGAUCAAAAGCAAAAAUGUCUAGGUUUUUUUUUAUUUUGAACGCUAAAUUUAAGAGAAUAUCAAAAGAUAGCAUGGUAACUUUACCUUUUUUGUUAUAUUUUUCUUAUAUUUUCCUAAAUUUUUUAUAUGAUAAUUUUUUUGUAAAAAUAGCUUCUUAAGUGUUUUUUGUUACGUGUUAUAUAUACAUUUUUAGUAAAAUAUUGAAAAUAAGUAAAACUAUAGUUGGAUUUGCGCGUUUGUGCUGGUUUCGUUUACAAUUUUGUAAAUAAAACUUUUUAAUUUGUUAAUAUUUUAUGUUGUAUAUAAUGAAAUUAGCUUUCUUAUUUGUUAAUAUUUUAUGUUGUAUAUAAUGAAACUAUAGUUACAGUGUAUUUUAUAUUUAUAUUAAUAAAUUUAUAUUAUAUUUAAAUAAUUUUUUAUGCAUAUAUAUAUAUAUUCUAUUAAAACAUGAACAUGACCUAUUGAUAUAGAUGUGGUUCAACUAUUUUAAUAUAAUUAUUAAAAUAUUUUACUAGUCAUUUAAGAAAAAUAUUAUAAAAGUAUGACUAAAAACACAAAAAUAUAAAAAUUAAUUUUUUGAAAAAAAUGUAAAGCAAAAAAAUAUAUCCGUCUUUUUAAGGACAGAUUAGAAUCUAGUACUCUAUUAAUUUGGAAUCCUAUCUUUAUCUACUGAUAAAAUUAUUUUAAAUGGUCUAACAAGACAUGUAACAAUAUAUGAAACAUUUGUAAAUAUAUUUAUUAUAAUUUAGUUACUAAAAUGGUUCCCUAUUAUAUAUGCCAUUUUUUUAUAUUUAGAUAUUCCAUUUGAGUAAUAACCAUAAUUCAUCUAAAUAUUUUCUAUACUAUUUUAUAUUGCAUUUAUAUUUAUCAUGAUUUCAUGAGAGACAACAUAAAGAUUAGAUGUCACAUAAGUGUUUAUAUGAAAUAAUUAUUUAUAAGAGUUACAUGAUAAAAAUCAAAUAUAUUGAUAACUAUUAUCUCACUAAAUAAGGUACAAACCAAAAUAUUUUAAUCCAAAACUUAAAUAGACAUCAGAAAUAUCUAAAAUUAACACAAUAUUAUUAUCUUAAAGUUUAUUUAUUACUAUUUUGAUUUUAUUUUUGUUAAUCAAAUAAAAAUGAAGAAUGUUACUGUGUAACUUGGCAUCAAGAGUUAUUUAUUAUUUUGAAUGAACCCCCUAAAGUUUAUUUCCUAUCAACAAAGACCAGAAUGACCAAACUCAAAACUCAACUUCAAAGUUGAUAGAUUGAGAAGUUGAGUUUGGGCUGAUAGCUACCGAACGUGGUGUGAAAUUAUAGGUAUCGAAAAUGCUUCUUGAUUAUGAAGCCCAAGAAAAUGGUGUCUAGAGAUUUAAACAUUUUUAGGGGGUCAAAAGCCCAAAAAAUCAAAUCUUCAGAGACCAUUACACCAAUACGUGCUCUGCCACGUUGUCCACAUGUAUAAAUAAUACUUCUUGUGGACAUUGGUUACAGAAUUUGGGUUUUGGUCUUUGUGGAUAUAUAUCAUCAUUAAUGACGACAACGAGAUAAUAGAUCAGGCGUGUAAGAGCAAAAUACGCAUUUGAUUAAUUUCCGCCGCAAGCAAAGAAACUAGAAAGGGUCACGUUCCACUAUACCUUUCAUUAUUCAACUAAUCUAUACCUUUCUGUUUUUUUUUUCUUCUUUUAUAGUCUCUCGUCAUUUCACAUCAGAGAGAAUCUCCUUUUCUCUACAACAAUAUUUCUGAAACUCUUCUUGUUCUUGAAAAAAAAAAAGUCAAGGUUCAUAUUAUAUAUAUCCUCAAAUAUUGGAUCUUCUAGUGUGGAGCAAUGAGUAGAUGCAAUAAACGUAAUCCGCAACCUUCGUAUAUUGCUGAUCACUUCAACAGCUUAGAUCAGGUGAUAACUUCUCUAAGGGAAGCUGGACUUGAAUCUUCAAACUUGAUACUAGGAAUUGACUUCACCAAGAGCAAUGAGUGGACAGGAAGAUACUCAUUCAAUAGAAAAAGCCUUCACGCCAUUGGUAAAAGACAGAACCCUUAUGAACAAGCUAUAUCCAUCAUUGGCCGCACUUUGUCUCCCUUUGAUGAAGAUGAUCUUAUACCUUGUUUCGGUUUUGGCGAUGCAACAACAAGAGAUCAGUAUGUGUUCAGCUUUUACCCUGACAACAAAAGCUGCGAGGGAUUAGACAAAGCUGUGAAAAGAUACAGAGAGAUUGUUCCUCAUUUGAAGUUGUCUGGGCCCACCUCUUUUGCCCCGGUUAUCGAUGCAGCCAUCGACAUAGUGGAGCAGAACAAUAUGCAGUACCAUGUUCUUGUCAUUAUAGCAGAUGGUCAGGUGACAAGGAAUCCAGAUGUUCCACCUGGUAGGCUCAGUCCACAGGAAGAAGCUACUAUCAACUCCAUAAUGGCAGCUAGCCAUUACCCAUUGUCUAUAGUCUUGGUUGGAGUAGGAGAUGGACCAUGGGACACAAUGAAACAAUUUGAUGACAAUAUUCCUCACCGCGAAUUCGAUAACUUCCAGUUUGUGAACUUCACAGAGAUAAUGUCACAGCACAAAGAUGCAGCUAAGAAGGAGGCUGCUUUCGCAUUAGCAGCUCUCAUGGAGAUUCCUUUUCAGUACAAAGCCACAUUAAGUCUCGAAAAACAAGUGAGUGGUUCCCGUUUGCGUCACAAGCCGCUACCACCACCACCAGAGGUGAUAGAGCGUGACAAUGCUGUUAGAAAAAUGCCGAAUCCAGUUACAGAAACUGCAGAGAAAAGUGACAGAACGGCUCCAGUAACACAACCUGUAUGUCCCAUUUGCUUGACGAACCCAAAGGACAUGGCGUUUAGCUGCGGUCACACGACGUGCAAGGAAUGUGGUGUGGUUGUCAAGAUAUGCCCAAUGUGCAGAGAACCUAUAACAACGAGGAUAAGGCUGUACACUUGAUGAGGGAAAGACCAUAUGGUGUUAAAGAACUUAAGCUUCCUGUAGCAUAUUGUACAGUCCAAACAAAAGAAUAAUGAUACCCAAGUCUUUCAUAUGUAAUUUGAUAUAACCGUUACAUUUAAGAGAAUUUAUCUUCAUA